UCUUGCCCUUUAGUGACUGUAAAAGCUGAUGGGAAGGAUGUCCAAUGCCUGCUAGACACAGGAUCCCAAGUCACCCUGUUUAGUGAGACCCUUUGUAAAGAACUUUUUGGGAGCAUGAAAAAACCCUGUACUGAUAACCUGUCAUGGCUCACUCUGCAGGCAGCGAAUGGGUUGCACAUUCCAUAUGUUGGAUAUAUGAUGAUGGACUUUCAGAUUGGGGAAACGAAUGUGCCCUCUAGGGGGGUGGUGGUUGUUAAGGAUGAUUGUCUUGGGGUUAGGAAGGCCAUCCUAGGGAUGAAUGUAAUAUCCUCUGCUUACACCCCACCGCUUCAUUCCCUGGGCAAGGAAUGGGCUAUAGCCUUUGCAGAUUGUAAUAGGAUCCGUGCUACUACUGUUCAACGGGCCAAACCUCGUACAGCCAGACUGGCGUAUAAUUAUAAUGUCAUUAUUCCCGCCCAGGCUGAGGCCUUAGUGUGGGCAAAGGUCAACAACGUCGCCCCCCUACAGAAUUGUCCCGUCGUGAUUGAGCCAACAGGGGAGAUUGGGGGCUUUGAGGUGGCAAGGACUGUGGGUACUAUCCGGCGGGGGAGGGUUCCCGUGAGGGUGCGUAACGUGCAUCGCCACCCUGUGACACUAAAGCGCCUACAGCGUUUGGCUGUCAUCUCAGCCAUCGAUCCUGAGGAUAUCAGAAAUGGGGAGGAUAUUUCCUUACAAAUGGUGAGUCAGGAUGUUGUUGAGGUCCAGGUGGUGCAGUUAGCACAGGAACAACAAGACGGGGUCACAGAAGUCAAGGUCACUGGGUUACAGGGGGAGGGCUUGAACCCUACAAAACAGCAGCAGCUUCAACAGUUUGUGACUAAGUGGCAACACCUUUUUUCUCAACAUGCUGAGGACUACGGUAGGACUACAGUUGUAAAACAUCACAUCCCAACAGGAAGCGCUGUUCCGAUGCGUGAGAGGUAUAGGCCAGUGCCCCCAACCCUGUAUAAAGAACUCCGCUUGUUACUUCAAGGAAUGCUACAGAGUGGGGUUGUUAGGGAAAGCUGUAGCCCAUGGGCAGCCCCUAUUGUUCUCGUCCGAAAGAAAUGUGGGGCAUGGCGCUUCUGUGUGGACUACAGAAAAUUGAACAGUGUGACACAUCGCGAUGCUUUCCCCUUGCCCCGGGUAGAAGAGUCAUUGACUAAUUUGAAUGCUGCCGAGUUCUAUUCCACCCUCGACCUUGCCAGUGGAUACUGGCAGGUGGAGGUAGAGGAGUGUGAUCGUGAGAAAACCGCCUUUACCACGCCUUUCGGACUCUUUGAGUUCGAGAGGAUGCCAUUUGGUGAGACCAGAAGGCGUGGACGGUCACGCGCAGCGUCCUCCAUCGAACCAACUGCGCCUUGUUUGCUGUACUCCACUAUUGACACUGAGGAGCGAAGCACCACAGCUACUAUCCCAUCUCCCGACUGGGAAUUCUUCCCGGGAAUAAUUGGUACGUCAGCUACUCCAGUCCCCCAGCCGGCCGCCCAGCAGCCCGAGGUCCCCCAGCCGGCCGCCCAGCAGCCCGAGGUCCCCCAGCCGGCCGCCCAGCAGCCAGAGACCCUUCGACCGGCCGCCUCACAACUGGGUCUGCCUCACCCAAUGGCCCCACAGCCGUCGGUGGUUCGCCACUCGGAGAGGGCCAACGGGUAA